AUGGAAGAAGCAAUAUUGUCGGAAAAUGCCACCAAAGACAAUGUAAUGCACCCUACGACUCUACAAGAGGCAAUAAACAUUAUUAAAUUCCUAAACACGACACAUAAACAAGAAGUAGUGAGACUCAAGGAAGCAUAUACGAAACAGGCUGAGGUUAUAAAGAAAUUGGAAUCAAAUAGAAAAAAAGAAUUGGAAUUCCUAUCGGGUGAAUUGCGGAAAUACGAAGUGAAUUUAGCUUUGAGAACAGAAGCGGUAGCUGAACAACUCGCACAAAAAGAUCUGGUUAUACAAAAGCAAGCCGAAAAAAUCGAUGAGUUGAAUAAAGAAUUACAAAUAAAAGUUUAUAAUGUUAAAAUACCUGAAAUAAGUAUAAGUGUCGAUUCGAAUUCUGACUCAGGCAUCGCUUUAGAAAAUGAGGAUAUUAAAACUCCAGAAACUAAGCCGGAACCAAAAGCUGUACGCAAAUGCAGCCGUAGAUUUGGUGAUACAAUUAGUUUUCUACGUAGAGUUGACUUUUCUCCUAUAAAAUAUAAGCCAGGCAAUCGAGAAGGCACUAAAAAGAAAGAUGAGAAGAAAGACAAACUCCAGGUGCCCGCACCUCAUAAAAGAAUAUUUCAGCGACAGAUGAGUAAUGACAAAUCUCCGAGCGAUGACGAACGAACCGUACCGGAUGAUGCUGCUUUUUCAGACGGUGGGGUAGAACCUUUAGUGAUCAGACCAAAUAAAAAUAACGAUAGUAUGAAUAAUUACUUUUCUGAUGAUGGCAGUGAAGACACUAGUGAAGAGAUCUUCGAUCGGGUGAUGGCCAGGAGUAGUAUAAGAAGAUCGGUGAAAGCAAAUCCAAAAUACAAGAAAAUAAAUAGAACCAAAUCAAAACUUCUAGAACAAGUUAAAGUGAAUAUAGUAGACUGA